AAGGAAAAAAACCUCCAUGGCGGCAUGCGGGUUGUGUGCGGUUGACGCUUUUGUUGCUUUUCUUACUCGUAGUAAUAGUUUAUGGCUAUUAUACACUGUGACUAACAAGGCUGCACAGAGUUUUGUGCCCGCGUGGGAGGUGUGAGAAAACACAAGACGUUCCGUUAUAGGUUUACUGGCGAUGGAUGAGGUAGCCGCCUUGAAUGAACGCUUGUAUGACUUGCGGAAACCAUUUAAAGUCGCAUUUUGUGCACUGAAAGAGCAGAAAGAGGCCUGGGAAAAAUGCAUGGAAAAAGCCCGCCCUCAUCUGAUUGCAAUCGUCACACUGCGGGAAAUACAGGUGAACUGUUGGACAGCGAAACUUGCGGGCAGCGAGCUCUUGACAAAAUACCCAGAUAUCCGAGUGCGGGUCGUGCGUAGAUUAGAGUACGAGCUGUUCCAGGAGAAGGAAAAGUUGGAAUCAAUACUGAAAACUUUGAAGAAGUCUCAGAAUGUUUGUACCAGUGCUUGUCAGCAAGCAGUUGAAGCCUAUGACCAUUUUGUGCAAAAUCGAAGCAUUGAAGACAUUUGUUUCAGAAGCGAAACGUGUCCGUCAGUGGCUGAUAUGCUGGAAUGGAUAACAUGUACGGAACAGCACUUUAGUAGCCAUGUUCAUGCAAGAGAACUCAUGCUAGAAGAAGCAAACUUUGGUGAAGACUUCAAGGCUGGUGCCUUUGUAAAAGAAUGGAAAGAUGACUCAGCUUUGAUUGAAUCAAUGAAUGAUGUCUUGGCAACAGCAAAAUUCGUAAUGGACAUGGUGUAGAUGUGCAGACCAAUCAUGUGACUUAUGUUGAAUGGAUUGGUUUGUGCUGUAGAUGUUGGCAGAUGUUGGCUUCAGCAUUGUGCAGCAUCAAGGGUAUCAAGAACAGCUGAAUGGAGUACUGUUAUGUUGGAACAGAUUGUUCAAGCAUUAGCACUACGUUGAUUGUUGUGAACAUCACGGUGCAUCCCUUUAUCAUAACAUUAUCUAGUGCUCACUUAGCAACAUUAUUUGCAUUUUCUGGCUGAGUGUACUGCACUGUAUUUUCAUGGUAGUUGCAGAUUUAAAAAAUUAUUUUUGAUGCUACAGACUAGAGAUGGGUCGAUCAGGAGCGAGCCGGAUCUUUUGAGCCGCUCUUUUUAAAGAGCGAGUGAGCCGUGGUUCAGUAAAAGUAAGCGGCGCUUCUUUUGGAGAAAGGGAGCCAGUUCUCUCUCCGAAAGAACCGCCGCUCACUUGAACCAUGACUCACUCGUUCUUCAAAAAGAGCGGCUCAAAAGACAGCCGAAGGAGAGGGGGUGGAGGCGACUCUUGCGAGGAAGGGCGGGAGGGCAGUUGCUUUCUCGCACCGCUAAUAGAUGGCGUGGAAAUUGCACCCAGCAGAAGGGACAGAACGGUUCGCCAUGGGCUCGAGAGAGAGCCGGCCUCCUCUCUUUGAAAGAACCGCCGCUCACUUACUGAACCACUGCUCCCUCGCUCUUCAAAAGAGCGGCUCAAAAGAUCCGGCUCGCUCCUGAGCGCUCUCUAGGAACGGUUCCUCACGGCUCGCAGAACGAGAGCCGGCUUUCUCUCUCCGAAAGAACCGCCGCUCACUUACUGAACCACCGCUCGCUCCUGAGCGGAACUCGCUCAGGAGCGAGCUGGAUCUUUUGAGCCGCUCUUUUGAAGAGCGAAGGAGUGGUGGUUCAAUAAGUGAGCGGCGGUUCUUUCGGAGAGAGGAAGCCGGUUCUAUCUCGUUCAGGUGGGCCGUGCCAGAACGUGCUGUCAGAUCCUUGUCUUCUUCUGGGUUUCGAGGUUUCGUUUUCUAACUGACGAGUGGUGGCCGGCGUGGGCAGACUCGCGCUACUCGUACUCGCUCGCAGUGUGGUGUGCGCAGCAGUCCCUUUGUUUUUUUGUGCAUCCCAAUGCCACCGAAGGGAGAAGUAAAGAAGCCUUAAUUGUCAAAGGAUGGUACCGUUCGUUGCCUGCUGCUGUUCGAACGAUGUCUCGCGACUCUCACCGAUCGCACAUUGUGCGCUGGUGCAACAACACUUCGAAGAUGGUCUUCCGUGUCUUUAAAGACAACAGGUGAACAUACAGUUUAUGUCCUGGUCUUCAUUUGUGCUAAUUAGCGUAGUCAUGAAAAUGUUGCCCAUGGCAUACACUUCAUUGCAUUUUCUGAGCGUGUAUCAUUAGCACAUCAAUAAAAUGAGGCGAAUGAUC